AUGAGCACAGAAGAACUUACUGAAUAUCAAUAUAAAUUAGAUCAAGUGAAUCUUGCAUUAAGAAGUGAGCCAGAAAAUGCUUCAUUAUUAAAGCUAAAAGCUGAUUUAACAGAACUUAUAAAACUACUUGAUCAAGAGGUAACAAUUUCACCUAAAAAGUCUCCCUCUUCAAUUUCACCUAGAACCAAUUCUACUCCUACCACUCCAAUUUCAAGCACAAUGCCAACCUUCACAAAGCCACUUCAAGUGGGAGACUCUUGCCUUGCACGUUGGUCAGGAGACGGACAAUUCUAUCAAGCAGAAAUAACAGCAAUUGGAGGAGGAGAUCAAGUAUUUUCAGUUAUAUUUAAAGGGUAUAAUAACGUUGAACUUGUAAAUGUUCAAGAUAUAAAACCACUAGAAAAAAAUAAAAGGAAAAUGUCGCUUGAUAAAAAGGAAAAGGAACACAAAAAAAAAAAGGCUGGUGAUGGACAGAAAAAAGUUAACGAACAGGUUCAAAAACAGAAAAGUUGGCUGGCUUUUGCUAGUAGCACUUCAACAGUACCCGGAAAAAAAGUCACAAAAACAAAAAGAUUAGCUCAACCACCGAUAAAUAAGAAGAUUGGGGUUGUUGGUAGUGGUAAACCAAUGACUCACUUCCAACAACGUGGUAAACAUAUUUUUGACCGUGAUUAG